CAACACUACUAUAUAACAAAUAAUUUGAGCUAAACACGUUGCAGCAGUAUGUCUGGUAAUAUAGGUACAGUGCUUGGCUUCUUCAAGAAGAUGGCAAGUACGCCGCUCUACUACACGGUUAACAAGUAUGUCUGUUGUAACGAGUUCCGGUUUGGUAGCCUGGUGGGUAGUGAUGACAAAGGUAACGAAUACUACGAGAAUAAUGACUACUUUCUUGGCAGGAACAGGUGGGUCCAGUUCAAAGAACCAAAUUGGCUAAUGAUGAAGAGCGACGCAUCAGACAUACCGGCGGAGUGGCAUGCCUGGAUGCACAACAUGACGGACCACACUCCCGUCACCCACCCUCCGGCAGAGAGGAAGUUUCACAUGGAACAUCGGGCCAAUAUGACUCCCAUAUUCCACGAGCGCUACACUCCUUCUACUACUACCAAACCCAAGGUUGAAUCAUGGAAUCCUGCUCAACCUAACAAAAUAGAGUGAUUAACUGAUCACAUCGUAAAUUAAACUUGGGCUGGACAUUCUGUUUUGAUAUAUGAGACUAAGCUGAUUUGGGAAAUUAAAUGUGAACUUAGAAUUUUUUGACGAAAAAUGAGAACUGUCGUCCAGCCCCAAAGGGUUACUAUAAGAUUUAUGGGGCAAGACGACUUAAUUAAAUAUUGAGAAUUUAGAUUAGUGCUCUUUAAUUUUAACGACCAUUGCCAAUGUACCAAAAUAAAAGUUUAAAUGUUGCAUAUGGAUUCGGCGGGAUGAGAUUUAGUAUGUUCACCGCGCAAAGAAGGCCCAUGACAACCACGUACGUCCGCUUCAAAAUAACUUUGGAAUUUUAGCUUUAAAAAAAUCAAUCUAAUUAAAUAUUAAGUUUCUGUUCCGUUGACCGUUCACAGUAAAU